AUGGUAAUCACUUCUGCCACUUCCUUUUUAAGGGGUGCAAGAAACUCAAUAAGACAACCCGCCAUGGCAGGGGCACCAUCUGCUGCUCAAGCACUUACAUUUGUCAAUGGAAUUUCUUAGUGCUAAAAUUAUGGAAAAAAACAUAGAAAAUAUUGAGUCUGAAAUGCUUUCCGUAGUAAUGAAUAAUAUGAAGAAACUUUAUUCAAUUUGGGAUCAGAUCGGUUUAUCCCAAGAGAAAAAAAAUAACCGUUGUGAAAAGGCCUGGGAAUAUAUCACUCAACUCUCUGAAGACAUAUAUAAUGAAGAAAAUGCUACUUACAAUAGCCUAUUGUUACGAAUCAAAGAUUUGUGGCAAGAAGUUUCUGAACUCUCCAAACAGCUUCUGGUCCCGUGUGAUGAAGAAAUCCAAGGAUUGUUGCUUGAGAAAGAAGAAAUCUUGAGAAAGAAAUGGAAUGAUCUGAGACAACAAAAAGAAGAAAGAAUUAAAAAAUAUCAAGAACUCCAUGCGGUACAACUGAAAUUUUGCCAACUUAUAGGAUGGAAACCCUUAGAAUUAUGCUCUAAAUCUACAGUUCCUAGUCUGAAUGACAUAUCUAAGAUCGAGCAGUAUGUUUCUACUUUAAAAACAGAAAGAAAUGUUCGGUUUCAAAGAUUAUGUUCGGCAAAGAGAGAACUUACGACUAUUUUAGAAGUCACAGAGAUACAACCAGAAACGCCUCUGGAGAAAAAAAUUUUCUGCUGCAGUGAAAAUGAUAUUUUUCUUUCUGAUGAAUCACUUAAAAGUUUGGAAGAAGUCGUGAAAAAAGUUAAAAGCAAGCAAGCAGACAUGGAAAAGGAAAAAAUGACCUUGCUAAAGAAAUUGAGUGACCUUUGGGGAAGAUUAGAAAUUUCAGAGAGUGAAAAAAAUGACUUUUUAGCUGAACAUAAUGAUUAUAAAGCUUCAACAUUGCAGUCUAUUAAGGAAGAAAUUGACAGGUGUGAAGAAGUGAAGAGGAAAAACUUGAAGACAUAUAUUUGUAAUUUAAGAGAAGAGUUAAAGUCACUUUGGAAAACCUGUUUCACUUCUGAUGAAAAAAAGAAAAACUUUACCUUUUUCGAGUUGGAUGAUUUUUCGGAAGAGAGUUUACAAGCACAUGAAUCAGAAGUAGAAAAGUGGCGAAUUUUUUCUGCUAAAAUUGAAAGUAUAAGAAAAAAAAUUGAAAAGCGGGAUAAACUGUGGGAUCUCUUGAUAGUGUUGGAAAAUAAGGAAAGAGAUCCUAAUAGAUAUCAAAAUCGCAGGGGAAAUCUUUUAAAAGAAGAAAGAGAAAAAAAGAAACUGGCAAAAGACCUUCCUGCUCUUGAAAAUGAAAUAUUUUUAGCCAUACAGAAGUUUGAAAAUGAAAAUGAAACUAAAUUUCUUUAUCAUGGAGAAAAUUACCAGGCUUCAGUUGAAAAACAGCGGCAAGAAAGGAAAAUUGAAAAAGAGAAUGAGAAGGCAUUGAGGUGGAAGAAACGUAUGCUACAGGUAGAAAAUGAAGCAACAUUAGGGACUCCCAGUGUUAAAAGAACUCUCUGUUCUGUUCCUAGAUCUGCACCUAGUAAACUUUUGAAAUCUUCAAUAGGUGUAGCAGUGUAUCGAACUCCCCUUGUGCCUACUACUCGAAAUAGUCCCCGGACUGUUGGUAAGAAAAGUACCAAAGUAAGGCUAACUUCUGUGAAAAAUUGCCUUAAUUUCUGCGACCAAAAAGAAGUUUUCAAAGAAACUGAAGACAAUAUUCCAUUACCUGCGAGCGAAGACAUGACGACAUUUUCAGCAUUUAGAGCUUCAUUGAACAAAACCUCCAGGCACCAAUGCCGCAGUUCAAUUCUAACAUCAAGAAAAAUCGUAGGCACGCGUAUUUCAGUUAGUAACAGAAAUAAACAACGAAAUAUAAAUAAAUCUUCUCGCAAAUCUAUUAGAGAAAGUGUGUUGGAGAAAAGUUAACCAAAUUGUAGCUUUUUUUUACCUCUUAUUUAUGACUUUUUUAAAGUGUUUUAGAACUGUUUUAAGACUUUUAUGUGUUUAGCUGGUGGAUUCGUCUUUAAUUUGAUUGUUUUGUGAAUAUUUUGAUAAAAAGGCCGUAAUUCACAUAGAAUGCAAAUUUUAAUAGCAUGUCAAAACAUAAUUGCAUGCAGUAGCAUAAAAAUUCUUUGUAAAAAUUUUGUACUGAUGUUC